AUGACAUUGACAUUAUAUAUUUGUCCUUCUGAGCAGAAAGUGAAGCAAUUUCAAGCACAUAUGGAGCAUUCCAUGGCAUCCGAUAUAACGCCAGCUAUAUCCAAGACAAAUGAAGGUCAUUGGUGGCGUUGGACCCACGGCAAAAGCGGUACAACGGCUUCUAGCAGCCUUGUUGGCUCGCUUUACAACUCGAAUCAUCACACGAAAAGCAGCAGUAAAAACCAGACUUCAGCAGCAGCAGAAGCAGCAACUUUCCCCUCCUAUUGGCAAAAACGCACCACUAGGACACCCAAAGAGGAGAACAACUCGGUCACCUCCUCGUCCGCACCGACCUGGUCUACGUCUCCAAAUGCGAGUAGUAGUUCAUCUUCUUCUCCAAAGUUCUUCUCAGGUACAGCUUCUUUAUUAUCUUGCAAUUCGAGAGCUGUAGAUGGGUUUUCUAAGAAGAAGGCGUCGAUAUCGUCACAAUCAAGUCGUGGACAUCGAGACGGUCUUAGUACAAAAAGUUUAGUGGAAACGUCGUCGUCGUCUUCGGUGUUUAUGUUCUCGACACGUGAGGACAAAGGCGCAGCUUCGUCCGAGAUAACAUGGUCUAAGAGCAAGCGAUCAACCAUCAGGAAAGAUAGGAAGAACAGCAAGAACUCGUUGUCCAUGUCGUCGAGCAGUCGAGCAGGGAUACGUGUAGUUGCGGCACGGAACACGAACUUCUUGUCGAAUGUCAAUGAAGACUCGGAGAUGAGAGUUCCAGAGUCGAGUGUUAACUUGUUUGCUUUCUCGACGCAGGAGACCAAGCCAAGUCAUAGUUCAGCACGUGGAAACUCACGUUUUAUCUCUUCCAGGACUAAGAAGGCGGACAAAGUUCCUGCGGCAGAAACAACCAUGUUCGCUUUUGAUGGAAAUUUCUCGAGAUUCAACCCGCCUACAUUCCCAGUAUCGUCAUCCUCGGUAGCGACGACGACCUCAGCGCAGUCGUUUUCGACAGUAGACCCGGUUGUAAGCUGCGCUCGCGCUGUUCUUCAAGACUGUAUUAGAACUCGCAAAAUAGAACAGAGAACUGCUCGAAAGCGCUCUAUCGAAGGAUGCUUUGAUGGAGACCUGCGGGAAAACAAUGGUUUUGGAUGGCAGUACGAAACUAUCUCUAAGCCCUGGGAGUACGGAGUUAUGAGCCCUGGUUCAUGCAGCAGCAGUGAUGAUGAGCUCAGUCAAUUGUCGUCAAUGAACCCGUCAUUCUACACUGACAAGUUCGAGCGGGGUUGCAAUAGCAAGCUGGCAAAAGAAGAAAUAUACCGUCAGAUUCUAGUUGGAGACAACGACUUCAGCAGCAGCCCUGAAUUUCAGUGCUACAGCCCUUUGAUCGAAGAAAAGGGGAUACCCAUCGAGGUUCGAUACCAGCUUCCCUUGGCAAUGGGUACAGCAAACGAAACCAGCAAGGAAUGCACGAUUUGCCAGCUUCGCUACGGUAUUGGUGAUCACAUUGUAACGCUUCCAUGCCAGCACUUUUUCCAUGCGUGUUGUGUAGACAAAUGGCUAUGGAAUCACACAUCGUGCCCGCUUUGCCGAACGGAAGUCACUGUAGACCAGGAAGCGGAAUUAUGCAACACGAAACACAAUUUUACCGAGUGUUCACCUAUGGAUCGGGAGCGAAUUCGUCGCCAGAUGCGCUCUUCCUCGCAGCACGCAGGCUUUCGUCCAGUCGUGCCAGUGGAAAGUGACCAACUCGAGCUGGAAGUGUCACGCAUGGCAAUCGACGAGGACUCGGAAGCUGAAGACGAACCUAGCUAUAUGGUUUGCCCAAUUCCUCAUUUUGCCACGAGCGCUCAAGACAAUUAA